AUGGCCACCGAUAUGGCCGAUAAACCUGCUGUGCAGGAGAGCAGCCAUGAAUGUGCAAACAGUGAAAAUGAGACUUUACAGACUGGAGAAACUGAAACACUGUCUAAAAGACAAAAGAAGAGCCUUCUCAAGAAUCAACAAUGGGAAGAACAGAGAGAACUUCGCAAACAGAAGCGUAAAGAGAGAAAACAACAGAGGAAACUCGAGAGACAAGCGCAGGCUGAAGAUGGAGUGGAGUGGACAGGAAAGAAGCGUUUGCGCAGGUUGGCAGAGCCCAGCUCUCUCAGGCUGGUCAUAGACUGCAGCUUUGAUAACCUCAUGUUGCUCAAAAUAAGACGAAGGUGCUGCAAGGUGCUGGCCGUCAAUCAUGUUUUUGAAAUCAUUCUAGCAUUCCUGGAGAAACGAGACUGGCAGGAUGCUUUCUUUACCGUUCUGCCACAGAGGAAGGGAGCUGUGCCAGUGGGCCAAGAGAACAAGCUCGGAGAGGGGAAUGACGAGGAAGACUCUGAUGAAGACUCAGACACAGAACACCCAAUCGCAGAAAAGAGAACGGACUCAAAGGACCAAUCAGAAAGCAAAGAGGAAGAACACAAACCUGUGCUAAUUCAGUCAGAUUCCAUUGAGCGAAACACAGCGUAGAGAUGUGUCAUGUUUAAGCUGUUUCAUCUUUUUGGCAACUUUUUAACUGGUUGUGCUCCGAUUUCUCAGUUUGAAAUCCUCCAUGCAGUGGUUUGUAUUUG